AUGGUGUGGCUUCUGGAUGAAGAGUACGACAGGUUGCACCGGGCUGUUCAUAUGACGGAGAAGGGAACGGAUCUUCAACCUUUGAAGAUUCGUUACCAUGGCACAUCGGAUAUACCGUAUGACGAGAGGUACACGGAGUUCAUCCGGCCUACCGGUCUUCUCCCGUUCAUAUCCCUUCAGAUGGAGGUGCUUAUUGGCAGGGCUCCUCCGCUGCCAGCAGAUCCAAAGAAGAGAGCUCCCGCCGGCGCGUCUUUCGAAUGGAUCAGGACUAACUUUGGAGAAUGCCCGGAAGAGGCCGACGAGGACACUCGGAGGACGUACGCCCGCGUGUACUUAUGGUACAUGAUUUCGAGGACUCUCUUUCCUGACAGUGGGGGGAAGCUGGCCCAUUGGUGUUGGCUGAAGGCGCUAACGGUGUUGGAUGACCGUUGGAGUUGGGGAACAGCGGCACUUGCCUACCUCUACCGGCAGUUGGACGAAGCUUGUCGCAGAACUGGGAGUAGGACUGGGAGCGGCGGUAUUGGUGGAUGCAUGCUCCUACUUUCCGUAUGGAGCUGGGACCGCCUAUCAGUUGGGCGGCCUAGGGUACUCAACGAGAGGCCAUGGCCUCAUUACCCUCACUUUCCUGAUCGGGAGCCCACUUGGGCAUACCUUUGGGACAAUGUCUCGGAGAUGUCGGGCGAUCCAAAGAUCAUGUACAUGCAGUACACUGCGGAGUUGGACACU